GUAGUCUUACGUCGUCUGAUGACACAAGCGUAAGCACUUGUAACAAUGCAAUAGCAUUUUGAGAUAAUGAAUAAACGAGAUUGUUCAUAACUACAUGAUAUAAGAAGAGGUGUAAGUGAUUCUGGGCAAAAUGGUGGCGGACGAGAAGUUGUUUUUCUCAAAAGCUGUACAACAUUUGGCUAGAUGCCUUGCUGCAAUUAAACCUACACCGUGGGAAAAGGUAACUCGUUUAUUUAAAUUAUGUCCUCAAGAAACUGCUCAAGGAAUAUAUCGUUUAGAUCAACGUGGACAAGAUGCAACUAUUGCAUUGGGAAUAUAUUUUUUGGAAUCUGGAUUACAACAUCGGGAUCGUAUUUUACCAUAUUUUUUACGGUUAUUACGUGGUCUUCCAAAAGCUGUUUGGCUGGAUGAAGUUAGAGUUUCACCCAGUGAAAGAGUUCCUGUUGCUGAACGUUUUAGUUUUUGUUUGAAUACACUGCUAAGCGAUGUAGCUGCCAGAUGUGAAUCAGCUCGUGAAGAAAUUAUUUCUACGCAGAUUGAGAUAUUAGCUGUUUUAACCAAUCUGAUACGUGGUUAUAAAGAACAAAAUGGAAAUAGGGGUAUGCAAGCAAAAUUGUCUUUAUGCAAGUGUCUAGUUCCAGUACUUAUUGGGCUAGCAAGGUCUAUGGGUCGUUUCGCAUGUACAGAUCCACCAUUGCUUUGUCGUAUCUUUCCACGGCCUGAAACUCCAGUUUCUUUUAGUAAUACAGAAACACGUUUAACAUCAGAUAAAAAACAACAUAGUUUUUCAAAUUUUCGUCCAAUUAUUCCAAGGUCUCUUAGUGGAAACCUAAAUCCUUAUCCACCGGUUGAUAAUAAUCCAGCAUUGCUAACUGCUGAUUCUGAUUAUACAUGUAUCAAGAGACCAUCAUUACAGUCUUUUUCAUCUGUGCCAUAUGAUCCAGUUACAUACUUUUUCAGUAGAUAUGGAUCCAGUUUUAAUCAAUUUCCACAAAUGCGAUGUAAUGAAAGUCCUGAAAAAAGGGCUGCAAUGCAAUUUAAUGUAGUGCAUUUACAAAGUGUUCUAGCAUUAGCUAAAAAGCUACUUACUAAAGACAUUCUUACAUUUCUCGAUGAAGAAGCUCAACAAGUUUAUAAUUCUGGUCAAGUACAAAUAUUUCCAUAUCGCACAUUCAGUGAAACCAUGAAUUUAGUUAUGGUAGCAGUUUUGCGAGAGUUAUUACAAAAUCAACGUGAUUUACCUGCUCCAUUUACAAGAGAUGUACAAGAAUUUGUUAAAGGCCUUUUCUUGUCAGGACAGACAGAAUUGCAAUCUAGACAACAUGAUGCUAGUGAACGAGAAGAUGUAGAUACUAAUUUUCGGACAGUAAAUAGAUUUAAAGUUAAUGUCAUGGCAAAUUCUGCAUGUGUUGAUCUUCUUGUUUGGGCCAUUGGAGAUGAAACUGUGAGCGGGGAGUAUGAUACAUCCUCACUGUUCGCGGAUAUCAGUUCUAUGCUGCUCGGCGAGGGUGCUGAUAGUUUAUGUGGUCGUCUUGUUGAAAAGAUUAAUUCUAAUCAUGGCCCAAAACUUGUACUAGCGCACAUGCCUUUACUGUUAAUAUGCUUAGAAGGUUUAGGAAAAUUGGCUCAGAAGUUUCCUAAUAUUGCAAGUACUUCUAUAUAUUAUCUACGUGAAUUUCUUAUUGUCCCUUCACCUAUAUUAUUAAAAUUAUACCGUCAACUCAAUGAACGAUCUAUAAAAGAACAUCAUUUUAAAGUUACUGUACAAGGAAAAGAAGCACAAGAUUCAAAACAGACAACAUCAUCUGUUCAAAUUGCUUUUGAAAAAUUGCGUGAUGCAGCAAUUGGCAAUCUUUGCAUAGCUUUGGAAGCAGCACAUUCUGUUAAUCCAGAUUGUGUACCAGCACUAGUGGCUAGUGUAUCUAAUAGGUUAUUUGCAGCAGAUAUAUGUGAUGGGGAAUCUGAUGAAAAAUCAAAUAGUGAGUUAAUCUCAAAAAAUAUUGUUAUCAUGUUAGGACAUGUAGCUGUAGCUUUAAAGGAUACUCCAAAAACAAUGCGUACAAUAUUUCCAUUUUUUCAUCAACUUUUCUGUCGAUCACCAAGCGAUCUCGACUUUCUCAUUGUGGAUCAAUUAGGUUGUAUGAUUAUUGCUAAAUGUGAAGCACAGAUUUAUGAAGGUAUAAUGCAGAUGUUUUCAAUGUCGUUGGGAUCAAGUACUGCAACUUAUGCAUCAAAUGAUGAUAGAAAACAAUAUUGUCAUGUUUCUAAAGCAGUAACAAAUGCUCUUGCUAAUAUAGCAGCUAACUUACAAGGUGAAACGGAACUAAAUGAUUUGCUUCUUCAUCUUCUAGAACUUUUUGUUCAAUUAGGUCUCGAAGGUAAACGUGCCAGUGAUAAAGUUCCAAACAGUAUUGCUACAACGAAAACAACAAAUAGUGCUGGAAAUUUGGGAGUUCUAAUUCCUGUUAUUGCUAUAUUAUUGAGACGUUUACCACCAAUUAGACAUCCACAAAAAAGACUUUUAAAACUUUUUAAAGAUUUCUGGGUCUAUUGUGUUGUAAUGGGUUUCGCUGCUGAUCAGCAAUCGAAAAUAUGGCCUAUUGAGUGGUAUGAUGGUGUUAAAGAAAUAGCUGUUAAAUCACCCUAUCUUAUUUCACCAACUAGUGCACGUCUCGAAAUGCGAGAACUACAAUAUACUUCAGCAGUACGCAAUGAUAGUGUUUCAUUAACUGAACUUCAAGAAUUACGUAGCCAAAUAUUAAAAUUAAGUAGCCGGUCCAAUGAUAUAUCAGCAUAUGUAGCAAAAUUACAGUUUGCUCAAUGUACAUAUUUAUUAUCAGUAUACUGGUUGGAAACCUUAAGGGUUGGAAACAGUCCAGAGCCUAGUUUACAUCCAAUAAUGGAAUAUUUAUGUGAUUCUGAUUUGCAAAAGGAUAAAAGUGGUAUGUGGCAAUGUAUAUGUUGUAUUGCAGACUCUGUCUUCGUUAGAUUUAAAGAUGUCAUGCAACGUAAACCAAAAGAUGAACAACGAGAAAAAGAAUUAGAAAAUCACGCUCAAUUUUUAUUAGUAUAUUUUAAUCAUGUACAUAAACAAAUUAGACGUGUCGCAGAUAAAUAUCUCAGUGCUUUAGUAGAUGCAUUUCCACAUUUAUUAUGGAACUGUAAAGUACUAUGGAGUAUGCUAGAUAUAUUACAGAUUUUGUCAUUUUCUUUACAAAUUGAUCCAAAUGAGGAAACACCUAGUCUGCGUAUUCCUAAUACACCUUACAGCAUUGAACUUAUGAAUAGUGUUGAAGCAAGAGAGAUUAUUGUAAAAGACUUUACGGCAAGAUGUAAAGGCAUAGUACAAGAGGCAAUGAAGUGGGCUCCACAGGCCACAAGAUCACAUGUACAAGAAUAUAUAAAUCAGAUACCAUCUUCGGGUAUGUGGCAUCAUUCUGGAUUAUCUUUAGCAACAGAUUCAGUUCUGGAAUUUGUAGAUUUAACUGUUCCAACAGCUCUUCCAUCAAACACAAAUUCAUUGGAUAAAAGACCUCGUGGUCCUAAAGGUGCAAGUUCAUGGCUUUUUUCAAUGAUGGCGAUGCGUUUAUGGCAUGCUGGUGAAGUAGCAGGUAUGGUUGCACUUGCUCGUUCAGAAUUUCCCACACAUCAAACGUCAAUUGAAAAAUCUAGAGUGACAGUUGUAAACCAACUUAUUGACGCUGUAUGGCAUGCUUGCCGCGAAAAUAAUGAUCUUCAACAUCGUGGUGCUCUUUGGCGUGCUACUGCUCUUUUAAUAUCUAUGCCAGGAAUACACAGGCGUCUUUUGCAAACUGUUGCCUGUUCACAGAUUGAAUUAUUUACAAGUUCAGCAAUGAAUACAGCUGUUGAAUGUUGGCAAUGGAUUCUUACUGUACGACCUGAUCUUAAAUUGCGUUUUUUACAAGAGAUGCUUGUUGCAUGGCAGUACACUGUUGAUAAGAAAAUGGGAUUAUUUUCUGCUCAAGAAGAAGAGGUUAGCCCAUUAGCAGUUUAUGAAGGUUGUAAGUUAGAACCUAAUCCACCUGAUGUAAAACCUCAUGAUAUUUGGAUAUCAUUUAUCAUGGAAUUAAUUGAAACUGCAAAAUACUGUUGUCAAGAGACAGUGGAUAUGAUAGUGAUGUUGCUUCAUCGAUCAUUACCUAUGUCUGUUGGUGCAUCUGGCGAAGAACCUACAAUAAAUAGGCAUGUUGCUGCAGUUGGAGUGCGUUUUAAAUUAUUAUCCUGUGGUUUACUUCUCCUCCAAGGUGAUAUUUUACCAAGAUCGUUAAGUAAAAAUGUUCUACGAGAACGUGUUUAUUCUAACUGUUUAGAUUAUUUUUGCCGAGAACGUCAAGUACCUACUCAAGAACUCGAACAACUCCGUGAAGAUAUAGUUACUCUCAUACGUUUUUGGCAGGUCAUGCAUAGCGAUAAAAAAUAUUUGAUGAUGACAGGAAACGAAAACGAGUUUGAUUUAAUAAUGCAACCUCAAGUAUACACAUCAAAUGUACUUGUAGCAAGUGAAACUAUCAAUUCAAUAACUGCAACAUUAAGUCCACCUACUAAUGACUUUUCAAAAACACCUACCAGUGUGUGGGUUAGUGCUAUGCCAAUGUCAACCAGUAGUAACACAUUAAGCAAACGCAGUAAUCGAAGCAAACGUGUUGUAAAUACUAACGUUUUUGUAAAAGAUUAUAUUAAAAAGCGUAAUUUAAUUCUUGAAUUGUUAGCAGUGGAAAUUGAAAUGUUGCUGGUUUGGCGCAAUCCAGGCUGUAGACAAGAAUUAGCGCUACCUGGAGAAAUUAGUAUUGCGGAAUGGCGUGCUAAAGCUAUGAAUGAAAAAUGGAGAGAAUACACGCGUUUGGCUUGGGAAAUUAGUCCUAGCCUUGCUGUAUUUAUGCCAGUACGUUUAAAAAAUUCUGAAAUAAUUAUAAAAGAAAUUUGUGGAUUGGUGAGACAGAAACCAGUAGUAGUUAUGCAUAUUUCAGAAGCUUUGCAAUAUCUCGUAACUACAGAUACUCUUCUUAAUGAUGUACCUGAAUUGGUUUAUAUGCUAACAUGGGCAAGGGUUUCCCCUAUUCAUGCAUUAGCUUACUUUUCUCGUCAAUUCCCGCAUCAUCCAAUUUCUGCUCAAUAUGCAGUACGUGUAUUAGAUAGUUAUCCUGCUGAUGCUGUACUUGUCUAUAUACCACAACUUGUACAAGCAGUUCGCCAUGAUUCCAUGGGUUAUGUUACUGAAUUUAUUAAAAAAAUUGCUAAACGUUCCCAGGUAGUGGCACAUCAGCUAAUAUGGAAUAUGCAUACAAAUAUGUAUAUGGAUGAGGAAAAACAAAUAAAAGAUCCGGUUCUUUAUGAUGUCUUAGAUUCAUUAGUAAAAAGUAUUCUGAAUGCAUUAUCUGGCCCAGCUAAACAAUUUUAUGAACGAGAAUUUGAAUUCUUUGAAAAAAUAACUAAUAUAUCUGGUGAAAUUAGGCCAUAUCCUAAAGGCCAUGAACGUAAAGCCGCAUGUUUGGAAGCUUUAUCAAAAAUAAAAGUACAGCCUGGCUGUUACUUACCAUCUAAUCCUGAAGCAAUGGUUAUUGAUAUAGAUUAUAAAAGUGGUACACCUAUGCAAAGUGCUGCUAAGGCACCAUUCCUUGCACGUUUCAAAGUUCAGAGAUAUGGUAUUAAUGAGUUAGAAAAUAUUGCAUUAGCGGUGUCAACAAAUGGAAAAGUAGAAAGAAAGAAAGAAAUAGGAAAAGAAACAUGGCAAGCUGCCAUUUUUAAAGUUGGUGAUGAUGUAAGACAAGAUAUGCUCGCAUUACAAGUAAUUAGCAUAUUUAAAAAUAUUUUUCAGAAAGUUGGUCUGAAUUUAUUUUUGUAUCCAUACAGAGUAGUAGCAACAGCACCAGGGUGUGGUGUUAUAGAAUGUGUACCAGAUGCAAAAUCACGAGAUCAAUUGGGACGUACAACAGAUAUCGAUAUGUAUCAAUAUUUCAUUACACGAUGCGGUGAUGAAACAACAAAGGAAUUUCAAACAAUUCGACGUAACUUUGUUAGAUCGAUGGCUGCUUAUAGCGUAAUUACGUAUCUUCUACAAAUAAAAGAUCGUCAUAAUGGAAAUAUUAUGUUGGAUAGUCAAGGUCAUAUAAUACAUAUUGAUUUUGGAUUUAUGUUUGAAAGUUCUCCUGGAGGAAACCUUGGAUUUGAACCUGAUAUCAAACUUACUGAUGAAAUGGUAUUAGUAAUGGGAGGUAAAAUGGAAGCUGCACCAUUCCGUUGGUUUAUGGAAUUAUGCGUUCAAGCAUUUCUCGCUGUGAGGCCUUACCAAGAAGCAAUCAUUUCCCUUGUUUCCCUUAUGCUUGAUACAGGCUUACCGUGUUUCCGAGGUCAAACGAUAAAAUUGUUGCGUGGUCGAUUUGUUCCAACGGCUACAGACAGAGAAGCCGCAGCUUUUAUGCUCACUGUAAUUCGCAACAGCUACCUCAAUUUCCGUACGAAAACUUAUGAUAUGAUACAGUAUUAUCAAAAUCAGAUUCCUUAUUAAAUUAUUAUUUAACUUCCCGUUGUAUUAUAUACUAUUUAAAAAAGGAUUCAGGACUUAAAGGACAUACAGUAAUUAUUAAGACAAGUAAAAAAUACUAUUUGACCUGUCUGAACUAAACAUAUUUUACUCAGCUAAAUGAGCACUGUAUGUACAAGUUCUAAACUCUUAUUUUUUAAUAUUCUGUAUAUACAACUAAUCCUUCUAUAAUACAAUAUUUUUCGAACUGGAUUUAGGUUGUUCCAAAAAUUUCUUUCGCUAUUUGUACGAAGCUGUUUUAUCUGGCAAUGUUUAAAAACGAAAGGAACUUUCGGUACAAACUGAAUAUUACAAAAAUGGCAUAAAACUCUCUCUUUAUGGAUAAUAUGCCUUAAUAAACGUCCUCAUUUAUUGCCAAUUUUUCAUUUGAUACACAUAAAAUGUCUUCUUUUUUAACAGAAUUUUUUUUAUAAUAAUAUGAUUUUUAUAUAAUUCCAUAAAUUUAUCAUGUUGUAGAAGGAUUUUACAACGGAAUGUUACGUUAUAUACAUUAUAUACAUUAUAUUACCUUAUUUACAUUAUAUAGAGUACAUAUAUAUUAACCCUAUAAUAUUAAUAAAUAUUUUUGCGAUUAUUAAAGUAAAUAAAUCGCAUACUUGCGACGAAACUGAUACAACUAGGGAAAGCGUUUUUGAAUAUAAUUAGAUAUUAUAUAAUUACUUUCUAUCAGCCAAAUUAUAAAGAUAAAUGAAUAAGAUUUUCAUAAUUGGUUAAGGAGUGUCUCUACAAUAUUUUCAUGGUGAUAAAUCAAAAAUCGUUUUCCAAGUUGUUUCAUAUUCGUCACCAAUAUAAAAAGUAUAAAAUGUAUAAUAUGGUUAAAUGUGAUAUAAUAAUUGUGAAAGUGUAUAUAAAUAUUGAUAUUAUUGCCUUCAA